UCAGCGGUUUAGUGAACAGGACAGAGACUCAGCACAUUAUUUCCCCAUAGUUUGGAGUUCAUUCACUGUAAUUUUUCGGGGGUGCUAGUCGGAGAUGGCGGCCGUCCUGCUGCAGGCUCUGGAGCGGACGGAGUUGAACAAACUCCCGAAAGGCGCUCAGAACAAGCUGGAGAAGUUUGUGACGGAGCUACAGAGCGCUAACGAGGCGCUCAGGACUCAGCAUGAGCGCUACAAAGCAGACAGCGAGCAACAGUACUUUGACAUCGAGAAGAGACUGGCAGAGAGUCAGGAACAGUUCCUGUCUUCCACCAGAGACCUGCAGACACUCAAAGAGGAACAGAAAAAAAUCAAUGAAGAGCUGACCACACUGAAGGGAAUAGAGGGAGAAACGUCUGAAGAUAAACCAACACAGCAGCAAACCAAGACCAAGUAUGAGAUCGAGGCAGAGAAGCGAGAGCUGGCGAGGCUGCUGGAGAAGAGAACGCAUGAGGUGGAGAACCUGACAGAGGAUGUGAAGCGUCUCAAUGAGAAGCUGACAGAGACCAACAAAGUCAAGAGGGAGCUGAUGUUACAACUAGAUGGAAUCCAGUCAACAGAGACCUCUGUACAGCACCGGGAGAAGCGUAUGGAGCAGGAGAAAGAGCUGCUGGAGAAGAAAAUCGAGUGGUUAACCACAGAACUGAAGACCAAGACUGAAGAAGUGCUCAACUCCAACAGAGACAAAGGCAAAGAGAUAUUGGAGCUGCAGGGUAGCCUGAAGAACAGCAAGGAGCAGGUGAACAGACUGGAAAGUCAGCUGACCUCUCUGAAGGUAACCAGUGAAAGCCAGAGUAAAAGAGCUGCAGACCUCAACAACAAACUCAAACAGGCUAAUGACGAGCGGGCCGCCAUGGAGGAGAAAUACCGCAAUGAACUCAACGCUCACGUCAAGUUGUCUUCACUCUACAAGGGGCAAGCAGCAGACAUGGAUACUAAGAACCAAGAACUGAACAGAGCAGUGGAAGAGCUCAGCAAGCUGGUUAAAAGCAGCGGGGAAGCCAACAAGGUGCUGGAGAAGAAGGUGUCAGAAGGAGAAGAAGUAAAGAAACGCAUCGAGGCAGAGCUCAAAGAGAAGAUCAAGAAGAUGGAGAAAGAGCUGGAAAACUCUACAACCAAGGCUGCUGGCAAACACUGCUGUGUCCCCUCUCUCACUGAGGAGCAGCUGGACUCCAUGUGUCCUUCAGCAGCCGCCAUCGCUGCCAUCGUCAAACCUGGGAUGAAGUUCUUUGACAUGUAUAAUGCGUAUUCAGAGUGUCAGACUCAGCUUCAGCUGGAGAAGCAGGAGACCAGGAGAGUGAGCACGGUGCUGGAUGAGAUCGUCCAGGAGGUGGAGUCCAAAGCGCCCGUCCUCAAACGUCAGCGGGAGGAGUACGAGAGCAUGCAGAGAUCCAUGGCAUCGCUGUGUAACAAACUGGAGCAGGCUAGAACGGAGAUCUACAGUUUGCAGAAAGAGAAAGAGGAGAUCAAGCAACGCAGUGAUGCCGUGGAGAGAGAAAAAGUGAGGACAGAGAGACAGCUGGAGGAUACAUCUACACAGGUGUGCAAUCUCCUGGUGGAGGUGGAGGAAGCCAGAGGUAACCGGGUGAGCAAGGGCGACGGCAGCUCCGCCGACAUCUCCAGCACCACCGAGGUCAACAGCUCACGCCAGCUGUCCUUCCGCAGCGUGGAGGAGCUCCAGAGGCAGAACCAAAGCCUGCUGGGAAGGCUGAGGGAGGUGGAGGAGGAGAACGACAGACGGCAGAACCAAGUAACAUCAGCACGUGUGUCCGAGUUGGAGGCCAGUGUGGAUAAACUUCAGAAGGAGGUGGAGCAGCUGAGAGAGCACAGGAACCAGCAGAAACAGCUGGCCGACUCCAACGCCAGACAGAGAGACAUGUUCAAGGCUCUGCUGACUCAGAGCACCGGCUUCAAUCUGCCUCCUCAAGGUCCAGAUUCUUCCUCUCAACCUGCACAAGUUCGUCCCUCAGUCCCAGCCACUCGCUCCACUCCUCAGAGAGCUGCUGCUGCUGAAUCUGCUCAGACUGCUCAGACUAAAGCUGCUUUAAAACAGUUGAACGAUGCCUUCACUCUGUAUAAGAAAGAGAAGGCAGAGAACGACAGAAUGUUGAACGACACCAAUGACAGGCUGCAGAGGCAGCUGACAGAGCUGCGCUCAAGCCACGCCAAACUCACCUCUCAACUGGAGUUCAGCAACAAGAGGUAUGAGAUGCUGCAGGAUAAUGUAACAGCCUACCGUAGAGAGAUCUCCGCACUGCAGGACAGGAACCAAAAAAUGGGUGCGACGGCCCAACGACACGAGCACAUCAUCCACACAAUGAGCCAAGACCUGAGACAAGCUAACGAAAAACUGGCUCUGGAAGAGGUGCGCGUGGAGAACCUGACUAAAGAGCGAGAUAUUUUAAGACAAGCAGAGAGUCGACUCAAUCGAGAGAAGGAAGCAAUGCUGGCCGAGCAACGUAACCAGAACCUGCUUCUCACCAACUUCAAGUCAAUACAGUUGACUAUAGAGCGCACAGAGACGGACACUCGCCAGCGACUGAACAACAAGAUAGAGCAUCUGGAGGCAGAGCUGGCUUCAAUGAAGACCAAACUGGAGCAGGAAGUAGCACAGAGGCACACGCUCGGACGCACGAUGGAUGCCCAGCUGUUAGAAGCCAAGAAACAGCUGGAGACUCAGAACACCUUGUACCAGAAGACCAGGGACUUGUUGCGUAGUUCUGAGCAGCAGGUGACUAUGCUGAGAAACCAGCUGGCCUCUGCUUCAUCCUCUGAGGCUGUCACCACCUCCAGCAAUGCCGCCACCCCGGCAACCAGAGCGGCAGGCCUCAGAGCACCAUUCAGAGGCGCAGUACGCUCUCCAGCUACAGCAGCCUCCCAGCAGUCCAGCCAAUCAGAGCAGGAAGUGGCAGAGGUGAAAGCUCUCCUGCGUGCUGCUGAGGAACAGAACAACGAACUAAAAGAGCAGCUAAAGAAUGCUAAUGCUGGCGUAGAGCAGUACAAAUCUGUGGUACUGACUAUGGAAGACAGUGUGAAGAAAGAGAAAGAGUCCCGCUCCCAUCUGGAGAUCCGGCUAAAGGAGUCGGAUGAGGUGCAGAAGCAGCUGGAGAAGAGGAUAUUAGAGGUGGAGAAAAAGAAGCAGCAAGAGCAAGAAGAGAACAGGAAGUCUGUGGACGCAGUGGAGAAACAAGUGUGUGAGCUGCAGCGCACACUGAAGUCCAGCCAAGCAGAGCAGCAGGAGGCUCUGGAGAGAGCUGCUGCUGCUGUUACACUGGAGCAGAAAGCUAUACAGGACAGCCUGCUGCAGACUAAACUAGCCGGAGAGGCUCAGGCUAAGUACGAGCGGGAGCUCAUGCUGCACGCUGCUGACGUGGAGGCCCUGCAGGAGCUGAAGAAAAGAUCCCAACAGGAAGCAACACAGAAGAGAGAACUGGAGGAGCAACUAAACAAAACCACCUCCCUCAUGCUGGAGAAGACUGCUGCCUGGAACGCCAUGGAGAGACAGCUGAAGGAUGAUUUGUCCAGUAAGAAUCGUCGCUCCGAUGAGCUGGGGACACAGAACAAUCUCCUGCACCGGCAGAUGGACGAAAUGGCCUCUAAGAGUCGUCAGCAACAACAACAACAGCACCAGCACCAGCUUGAUCUGUCAUUCAGCGAGGAGGGAAAGACCACUGAACAGAUACUAGAAAUCCUCAGGUUUGUGCGGAGAGAGAAGGAGAUCGCCAUGGCUCAAUGUGAUGCGUCAGAGGGAGAAGCUCUGCGCUACAAGCAGCGAGUUGAACACCAAGACAGAGAGCUGAAGGAUCUGCAGGAAGCUGUGAACGCUGAGAGGGAGAAGAUGCAGGUCACAGUGAAGACUCUGGCCCAGCAAGAAGAGCAGCUGAAGAAGAUGGAGAGUAUCAACUCUCUCCAAGAAAACAACAAGAUGCUGAAAAUGGACCGAAAUAAACUGGAGCAGGAGCUGCAGCAAGCUCAGGCUAAACUGACCAAGCUGCAGUCAGACAUCAGCCCACUGCAUCACUCUUUAUCUCAGCUGUCAGAGAAGAAUGGCUCCCUGCAGGCUGAUAAGAGGAUUCUGGAGGAGGACCUGAAACGCUGCAGAGCUAGAGUGCAGCAACUGGUGAGCCAGCAAAAAGACGGAGAUGUUGAAGAGAGGCAGAAAGUCAACACUGAGAGAGAAGCUCAGCAGAGACGCAUCACACAGCUGAUUGAGGAGACAGCUAAGCUAAAGACUGAACUGGCCAGAUCCAACGCCAGCAGUAACUCAGCCCAGUCUCAGCUGCAAGCCUUCAGAGACUCUGUGGCCCGUCUGACGUCAGAGAGGGACUCUGCGAAAAAAGAACUGGAAACAAAGACUAGCGACAUCCUCGAGAAGAACAAGACCAUCACCCAGGUGAAGAAGAUCGGACGCCGCUACAAGACCCAGUACGAGGAGCUCAAAGUCCAGCAUGACAAGCUGGUGGAGGAAACAGCAGCUAAAGCUGGAAGCGAGGCAGGUUCGAGUCAGGAAGUGCAGCAGGAGCUCACUAAAGCCCAGGAGGAGCUCAAAAAGGCCAAAGAGGAGCUGACCUCACUGAAAGAGGAGGUGCAGAAAAAACAGGAGGAGGCUCAGAAGUCCCGGCAGGAGUCGGAGGAGGCCCAGAAGGAAAUCCAACAGAACAAGGACAAGUCUCAGGAGGUUCAAAAUCAGCUGACACAGAACCAGAACCAGCUGACACAGGUGCAGUCCCAGCUGUCCCAGGCACAGACUCAACUUCAACAGAGCCAAAAAGAGCAUCAGCAGGCCAAGACCCACACCCAGCAGGUACAGAACCAGUUGAAAUCAGCUCAGUCUCAAGCUCAGGCCCGUCAGAACCAGAUCCAGCAGAUCCAGAGGGAGCUCCAGCAGGCCAAAGAAUCCCUCCAGCAGAACCUGGCUAGUCAGAAAGAGCUACAGCAGACACAACAAAGCAGUCAGCAGAGCCACAACCAGGAGGUGACCAACCUCAAGACUGCUCUGAGCACAGCAGACAACAAGGUGACUGAAGUCCAAAGCCAACUGGACAACCUGCAGAAGACGGUUGCCGAGCGUGAAGCAGACGUCAAGCGUCUGCAGGAGCAGCUGAACGAAGCAAACCAGGCCAACGAAGCGAGCCGAGCCUCGCAGAGCUCCCAGUCUAUCCAGGCCAGCGACGCUAACCUUGCUAGUGCUAACCAGGCACAACAAGAGGAGCUGUCCAAACUCAGACAAGAGCUGUUGGACUGCAAGAACAGAGAGGAGCAUCUCAGACAGCAGAUGGCUGACAAAGAGGAAAAAACUAAGAAGGCCUUCAUGGGAGCCAAGACCAAAAUCAACCAACUCAACGCUGCCAAGGUGCAGCUCAGUCAGGAGGUGGAAGAACUGAAACAGAGUAAGGAGGACAUGGAGGCGAGGAUGAACGCUCUGAAGUCUCAGUAUGAAGGAAGACUACUUCGACUGGACAGAGAACUCCGAGAACUGAGAGAGACGCAGACGCACCCUGACUCCAGAGAAGAACCACAGGACCAGAGUGGAUCUAAGGUGGCUGAUCAGGCUAGAUCUGCAGACCAGAGACAGAUAUCUUUAAAGAGUCCAGCCCAGGACAGAGGAAGCUCCAGCCUGUCCGAGCCUCCCACCGCCAACAUCCGCCCCACCACGAGUACUCCAUCUCCCAGCAACAAGCCGAGCCCCUCCCAAGGCAGCAAGACCACGCCCCGCGCCAGUAUCCGACCUAUGGUUACCCCGGCGACCAUGCCCAUGCCGACACCCACCGCCACCGUCAUGCCGACCACGCAGACCGACAGCCAAGAGGGAGCCUCUGUUCACUCCACCAGCACCAGUCUGGUGAACACAGCCUCAUCAAUAACUCAACCAACCAGCACUCAGACCACAGCAUUUGUUCAGCCCACCCAGCAGCAGGCAACCAAUCAGGACGCAAGCUCCAGCGUGGAGCCAGAGCGACCAUCUACAUCCUCCUCUCUGAUUGGACCAGCAGGUUCAAAGAGAAACAGAGAGGAUGAAGAGGAGGAAGAGGACAACAGACCAGAGAGUUCACACACCCCUCCAACUUCCAAAAAGCUUCGACUAAGACCAACAAUGACACCACAGUUGGAGGGUGAUGAGGAGAUGGAUGAAGAGCUCGGGGAUGAAGGAGAGAGACAGGAUUCUCCUGAUGACAGCCAGGAGCUCCCUGAGGAGAGUUUUCCUGUCUUGAAUGAAGGGGACGACAUCGAUGACGAAGGUGUGUCCCAGUCCGUCCCCUCUGAUCAGAUGUCCUUCCAGGGCUCCUCUAUGAUCAGAGACGUCAUCGUGAUCGACACGGACAGCGAGAGCCGCGAGAGCAAAGAGGGGGAGGAGAAGCAGGAGGAUGAUGAGGAAGAGGAGGAGGAGGAAGAAGAAGAAGAGGAGGAGGAGGAGGAGUAUAAGGAGGAAGAGGAUGAUGAUGAAGACGAGGACGAUGCAGGUGACAGCGGGAUGAGGGGAGGAGAGGAGAGCAAUGAGGGGAGCAGGGAGGCUGAAGAUGAAGGAGCGGAGGAGGAGGAGCCAUCAGAAGGCACCAGCGCCGAGGAGAACGUAUGUGGAGCGUCUUCAGAUUCUCAGCGUCCCUCUGAGCCGUCACACAGUGAAGGCAGCAACAGCGCCACGUCAGAGUCCGACCCCCCCAGAGACCCCGUACAUCUCCCCCCUACUUCCUCCCCUUCCUCUUCCUCACUCACACCCCGCCUGCCCCAACCCCGUAGGCCCCCACACCCCCUCCCUCCACGACUCUACAUCCAGCCUCCAGCUCAAGAACUGGGACCCCCACACACACAGAGACAAUCCUCUCAGCUGCGCCGACCAUCAACAGGACUUCAGCGUGGUGGACUUCAACUAACUCCAGGAAUAGGCAGUAAUCAACAUUUCUUCGAUGAUGACGACAGGAUGGUUCCCAGCACUCCCACUCUGGUGGUCCCACACAGAACUGAUGGCUUCGCUGAGGCUAUACACUCUCCUCAGGUUGCAGGUCUGUCCACCAGGUUCAGGUUUGGACCUCCAGAAGAUCUGAUGAGUCAGUCAUCAGGCUCACACUCUGACCUGGGACAGCUGGCUUCUCAAGGAGGUCUGGGUAUGUAUGAGUCUCCUCUGUUCCUGGCUGCUCAUGAUGAGGAUGGAGGAGGAAGAAGUGUCCCCACUACACCUUUACAAGUGGCUGCACCAGUGACGGUCUUCACAGAGUCUCUGCCCUCAGACAGCGCUGACAACAUGGCAUCCCAGUCCGUUCCCAUGGUAACCGCCUCCACCGGGAUGGCCUCGGCUGCAGACGACGGAGAUGAGGUGUUCAUUGAGCAGGAAGGAGACGGCCCUGGUAUUGAGUCUUCAUUGGACAGCCAGGCAGACAUGGAGUCAGCAGGACAGCAGAGUGAUGAUGCAUCACUUCCAUCCACCAGCCAAGUCCCUGACACCAGCAGUCAGCGGCGCAGUCAGCCUCUGAUCAGCAGCCUGUCAGGCAGAGGAAGCAGAGGGAGAGGAGACGCCAGGACGUUACUCAGCCGCAGAGGAAACUUUACUCGAGGAAGAGGAGCCAUGGGCAGAGGGAGCCUCCUUUAGUGAUCCUGUCACCAGCACUAAAUCUGUCAUCUUAUCCAACAAUGAAACACAAAAACAACGCUCUGCUCCGCUCUCACAUUAUUUUUGUUGCAUUUGGAGACACUGGUAUCCAUAGAUUUGCCGCCCAUUUAGAAUCAAUAACCACACUAUAACAGGAUAGAUAUGAGAGCUUUGUAUGUGUGUGAUAUUUCCUCUGAGUGUUUUAGUUCUGUUUGAUCAUUUUUUUUGUUUCACAUGUACUCAUGAGAGCAGUAUUGCUUUUGUAAUUUUGUUAGUGUCUGUAUUGCUCUGUCAUUGGGCUGUUAAUACACCUGUUUUAAUAAUAAAGUCAAAU